CAGCAGCAGCACCAGCCACUGACCAACCAUGGCGGAGUUCGCAUCCUGCACGAUCUACAUCAAGGGCAUUGCCACGACAGCCACGGAGGCGGACGUUCGCGACGCGUGCUCACAGUACGGGAACAUCACGGACGUGGCCAUCCCGGAGGGCAAAGAUUUUUGCUUCGUGGAAUUCGCGGAGGAAGCGCAGGCACAGGCGGCCGCUGAGACCGGCGGCUUCGAUGUGUGCGGUGCCCAUGCUACGGUAGAGAUGAGGAAGCCGCGCCGUGGACGCCGAGAGCGGGCUACGGUGCCCGAGGGCACUAGCACCAGCAUCUACAUCCCUGGCCUUCCUGACUCGGCUGACAAGGAAGCCAUCCGCAACCUCUUCGCCGGGCUGUUCGAGGCGCAGCGGGUCGACCUUCGCCAGCGGCAGGACGGCAGCCGGUACGCCUUUGUGGAGUUCGGCGACAGUACGCACGUGCAGGAGAUCAUGGCCUCGGGUCCUUUCACCCUCGACGACCAGACGCUGGAGCUGGAGGAGAGGACAUCCGUCGCCCGCGUCCGCGCCCCCCGCAAACAGAACGAGGGGGGCGGCGAGGCCAAUGGCGGCGGCCGCACCCGUAACCGGGGUCGCCGCGGCGGCGGCGGUGGCGGAGAGGGAGGAGAGUACGGCGGCGGCGAGAAUGAAGAGGCAGCGGGCGAGGGCCGCGGCCGCCGCGUGCCUCCCGUGGCAGAGAACUCGGUGUACAUUAAGGGCUUCCCGGAUACCACGACAGAGGACGACAUCCGCGCUGAGUUCUCUCAGUACGGGGACAUCACCUCGGUAAUCCUGCGCGUCAAGCACAUCGGCGAGGACAUCCGCACCUGGGCGUUCGUGGAGUACGUGGCUCCGGAAAUGGUAGAGCCGGCGAUCGCCGGCAGCGAGAGCCUUGAGCUCGGCGGUGUGCCCUGCACCGUGGAGGCAAGGAAGAGCACCCCCACCCCGAGGAGCGAGUACGGCGGCGGGGGCCGCAACCGCCGCUAUGGUGGAAGGCGUCCCCGGGGCGACAGGGGUGACAGGAAGAGGGAGGAGUACUAAAGUAUAUUUUAGAGAAACAUGAGAGAGUGGGAGACACGGUGUAGUGCUCGCUGCGCGCGCCUCUGGGCAUGGGAGGAAGAGAAGAGCGCCGUCAAGUAAAGCUACGGUGGGACGAGGUUGCCGAAGGCGUGGCGGGACAAUUGAAGACUACAGAGGGGGGCAGGACUUUUUUUCUGCAUGGUUGGUUGAAUUUCGAUCAAUCUCUACAGGCCUCUUUGACAUGACUUUUUUUUUUUAUUUGCGACGCCCUCGCUUUAGACGGGAAACUUGUCCUUGUGACGGCGAGGGAAGAGCAGGGAUACGACACAGAGGUGGGGUGGGGGGUGGGGGGAGAGGAUGGUGAAAAUGAUACUACUUAAUUCGACAUGUAUCAUAUAAUACAGUGGAUGUUUUGGUUUUUGCUGAAGGAGGAAGCGGAGCGGUUGUCUGCCGGGCUUGCCCGUCUUGUCUGGCUCUCUAAUCUCUUGGCUUCUUCAUCUAGACUCUUGAAGUUCUGAAGUUCUAGUCGAUAGUGGUUGCAGUAAUAGCAUUUGGGAGGUGUCUUGUUUCUUCUUGUUUCUACAUACGAGCGGCGACGGUCGGAUUCAUGUUUGGCAACGCAGAAGAGGGAAGGGGGGAGAAGAAAGGCCCCCUCGGAAAAGAAAAGAAGAAGGGAUCCGAGUUGUGGUGGAAGUACGUCCGGUUUUUCCGUGCGCGAGUGGAGAAGAGAUUUGCAUGGCCGGUAGGCGAACGUGUUUGCUGACUACUCUGGGAUGCAGCAAGCCACUGCAAAAGGUGGUGCCGAAGGAGAGAGAAGAUGGAACUUGGUAGAGUCGUUGUGUUGUGUGUGUGGGGGGGGUAAGAUCGGAGUGUCAAGCGUGGUGAUCGUUUGCAGUCUUGACGCAGACGAGUGGGCUACGAAUCAAUCCCGGUGUGUGGCGUUUUCUUUCAGGUUUGUUUGUUCAUGUCGCCGUCUUUUUUAUCUUUUGUUUCGUUGCUCCGGUUGCCUGGUCUUGGACCGAAAAUACGACAUUAUUACAAGAAUGGAAAACUUCCCCCGCCUCGUUUCUUGCAGAAAAAUGCUGAAAACUUUAAAAACACGUAGAAAGCGUUCGGGUUGUGUUUCGUGUGUAUCUUUGUUCGCAAAUAGCUGGAACAUUGAGGAGAGUUUGGAGUGGGGUCACUUUAGUGUGCAGGGUCUGAGGAAGGGUAGUCGUGAGGGUCUAAGUUUUGCCGGGAGCGGGGGGUGGGUGGGGUAACAAAUGACCGAGGUCUUUGUUCUUCGCGCCGGUAAUGUUGACGAGAGAGGAUUUGGCGCUAAAGUAGUGCGGGGAGAAAGAAAUUGCAGUCGGGCCCGGGCGCGCAUUGUCGGGAUGUUGACGUGAAAACGUGCUGGGUCAUGAACAGGUAAGGAAAUACAGGCAGUUGAGGCAAAAAAAACAGCUGAUCGUAAGACCCUAAAAAAAUCCGGUGGGUGUGUCGGGAGUGUGUCUUUUUGCAAGAAAAAUGCUGAUUCUCGUGCGGAUGGGGAACUGAGCAACUCGCUCGGUUGUGUUUCAGACUCUUGAUGUUACUCUCGCCAACUCCACGCUCGACACCGAGAGAUGAACGGGUCGAGGGGGAGAGACUAGGUGCCCGCAGUUCUUGGUGCCAUGUGCCAUCAUAACUGUGUUCGAGCAUACCUUUAAGUACGCGCCAAUGGGUGGUGGCCGGCACAGUACACCGCGGCUGAUACUAGGCCAGUUGUGAACAUGGGUGUGUGUUUCGCCGAGCAAUAUGUUCGGCUGGCUGCUCCAACGACCAGCCCACUCCUCUUCACUCGGGUUUGCUGCGUGAGACCGUGUUCAUUCAGCUCAAGACACCCACACCCAUUCUCCUUUUAUUUUAUUUUGAUCGGUCUCCUCGACGCUCUUUCUCGUUUGGUGCGGUAGCUGGUCUUUCUUUCUAUCAUUUUGUUUCUCUUCCGAGUGGUUUUUGUACCCUAUUUUUUUCUGUUUCUUCGUGGGGUCGUGUAUGCCGGGUUUUGAGACCACGGGCUCCCAAUCUUUCUUUUUUAGAGCUAAUGUGAGAAACAACAACAACAGCAACAACCCACAACACAAAAUUGUGUAAAAGCUGUUGUGAUAGUUUUUGUUUUUUGCCCUUCCAUGCCCAUCUUAAAUACCCCUGAAAGGGUCUGCCGCUCGUCACAAGUCGGAGCAGACCGACUCUUCUCGUCGCUUCGUUCUAUUCGUGUCAAAAGCGUGGGUGGCUGCGUGCAAGAGUAUACGCACUAUCAAAGCCAGACGUACGUCCAAAACUUGAAAAAAACGCCCACGACACGUUCCAACAGACUCGACUUCGCCCACAAAUGGGAAGUACACCCUUUUGCCAACACAAGCGACAAGAGCCUAGGACUGGGACAUGCCCUUACCGAAACCAUCAGUGGCUGUGAAACCUCUAGCCCCAGGAUGGGCGCGAGAGAACGAUGAACGAACGAUAUUCAGCUCACUGCAUCUGCGUCUGAACUAACCGUCGUCGUGUCUUGUGUUCUAGAUGUAUUUUCUUUCUGCCCGAGCGAGUGGCGGAGGCUACUUGAAGUCUAUUUUUAGAAAGUAAACAUAACCUCAC